AUGAAAUAUCUCUUCCGCAAUCCACUCUUGUUCCCACAUCUCGAGGCGUGGUCUGGUCAGAAACCCGGCAUCACGUCUGGGUUCUUUCUUUGGAACAAUGGGACAGAGCUGCAGAAGAGUUCCAUUGGUCUACUGCGAGCCAUCAUCUACGAAAGCUUACAGGACAUGAUAUUUGGACCCCUGGAAGAAGACGGGGUCAUUGUGCAGAACCUGUUCUCCGAUCGCUGGAAUGCAUUCCAAUCCUACGCUGGCGGCCUACACGAGUUCACUUUUCCGGAACUGAAAGCAGCGUUUGAGAGCUUGGUCGGCGAUGCUAACAAGAAGUUUCUCUUCAUGAUCGAUGGGCUGGAUGAGACGGAUGACUAUCCGAAGGAGUUGAUGGACCUCGUGUUCAGCACUUCGCGGAGAGACAACGUCAAGUUCCUGCUUUCGGCCCGGAGCUCACCAGUCUUCUAUUCAGCGUUUGAGAAUAAGCCUAGGAUGGUACUGGAGGAAUACACAAGAGAUGAUAUACAAACAUACCUGAUCAGAACUUUCGGCGAGGAACCAAAGUUGCAUUCGCUAAGAGGGAAGAUGGACGGCCAAGAGGAAGAACACAUCGUCGGGAUGCUCGCUGAAAAGAGCUCAGGAGUGUUCCUGUGGCUGAAACUCGCCACCACAUUUCUCUUCGAAAGUCUAGAGCCCGACUCUGAUUUCCUCGUCCUGAAAGAUCGCGCGGAGGGGCUUCCCUAUCUCCUGGACGAUCUGCUCGCCCACAUGCUCAGCAAAAUGGCUCCAGAGGACGUCGAAGCAGUUGGAAAACUGCACGCCCUCCUCUCACAUCAAGACAUAUGCCCGGCCAUCCUUCCUUUCUCCUUUGCCUUCACAGCCGAGACGUCAGCAACACUAGCCGCAGAUGUACGGCCCUUGACAGCAGUCGAGAUAAGUAAGAGAGUCGAAGACAUGCAGACCCUCACCCAACAGCGGUGUAAAGGAAUGUUGACCAUCUUCGACACCACACCACCCGAUCAACACGCCAGUACCGAGAGCCUGAGGAUAAGCUACACCCACCGCGCGAUAAGAGACUACUUCUUUGCAUAUCCCGGUCUACUCGAAACGAGCUUGAACAACGCGUCUGAACAAACCAACUGGAACGUACCCCAACAAUGGGCGAACGCUCAUCUCUGGGUCCUCAAAACCCUGUCCUCUUCCACGCCCAAACGCACCAGCAGCAACACCAACACCAACAGCUCCCGCGCUCCCCCACUCCAAGUCUGGACCCCACUAUCCAGUGCCCUAGAAAGCAGCCUCGAACUGCACACAGCCACAAACAAGUUCCCACUAACCUACAUCCACGCCGCCUUGACAACCGGCGUCUUCCUUGCCCUAAGAAGCGAAACCGGCCAUGAUCUGCCCCAAUAUCCCUCGUCUACCGCAUCAAGCUCCACCUCGACAUCGACCUCUACUACCUCCUCCGCCUCAGCAGCCACCACUCCAACAACCCUGACAACGCCUCUCGACCUGGCCGUCCUCAUCAACCUAACCGCCUACAUCGCGCUCAAAGCCAAGGCCACAGACCGCCGAGAAGUCCGGCACGCGCUCGAUUACAGUCGGGGAAUGAGAAAACGGAUGGGUGCUGGCGGGGAGCAGGUGUGGUUGUUUGGCGAGGGGAGGGAGAGAUUGAGGAAGGAGUUUGAGAGGGGGAGACAAGAAGGGGAAGCGCUGUUGGAGUAUUAUGCCAAAGCAGUGAGGUUUGGAGUUAGUAAGCCGGAGGUUGAGGUGCCGGAGUGGGUGUGA